AUGAGUUCCAUGAAGUUUGAAAUCGAUAGAUUCUGUGGGCGCAACAACUUCAAUAUCUGGAAGAUCCAGAUGAUGGCGUUACUACGGAGGGAAGGUUCAGUCCAUGCUAUUGACGGAAAGUUUCCCGAUGGUACAUCGGCUUCCAACAAGGAGAAGAUUGAAGGGGAUGAAUUGAGUAUGGAAAAUGAACAUCAUAGAUGGAUGUAUGAUAGGGUGUUACCUAAUCGACGGGGGUUGAGGGAUGAAUUUAAGCAAGGCAUUGAGGGGUUUAUUAAUCGUGCAAAUUUAUUUUGUCAAAAGGAUGGGACAAUUAGGUGUCCUUGUGCGUAUUGCAAUUGUAUAAAGUGGUUAAAGCCUGAGGAUGUUGGGGCUGAUCUUUGUAGUAAGGGUUUUAUGGACGACUAUUAUGUUUGGACUAGUCAUGGAGAAAUUGAGGGUAGUGCCAGUAAUAUUUGCAAUCAUAAUUUUGUUGUUGGUGAAAGUAGUCAAGAUCCUAGAUUGCAUGAAAUGGUUAUGGAUGCUCUUGGGAUGUACAAUGAGGGUAACAACCAACAACUUGUUGAUCAACCUCCCAAUGAAGAGGCACAACGUUUUUAUGCACAAUCAGAGUCUGCUAGUCAUCCCUUUUGCGAAGGCAUGUCGCACUCUGCGUUGUCUAUUGCCAUUAGACUGCUAAGUAUUAAAUUGGAUGUGAAUAUUUCUAUAGCGGGCAUGAACGCUAUGAUUGGGCUUAUGAAAGAGCUUAAUCCAAACUUAGACAUACCCGAUGAUUACUAUAAAGCAAAAAAAUUGGUUUCCAAAUUAGGUCUCUCGUCUAUAAAAAUUGAUUGUUGUGAAAAAGGUUGCAUGUUGUAUUAUAGGGAUGAUGCAGAUUUAGAGAAUUACAAAGUUUGUGGAAUAUCUCGUUUUAAAAACUUACCAAUGCGGGUGGAUGAUUCUGGCAAAUUAGCUUGUCCUUGUUGUAAGGAAAACACUAAAUCGUUCACUUUAAAACACGGGGGCAAGAAUUCAUGGUUUGGUUGUCAUCGUCAGUUCUUACCAGUGGAUCAUGAGUUUAGGAGUAUGAGAAAUGCAUUCAGGAAGAAUAAAACUGAACAUGACUUACCACCGCCAACAUUGUCAGGGGAGAAAAUUUGGGAAAGGUUUAGGGACUUGCCUAAGGUGACAGAAACUCCACCUUCUAGAUUAAAUGGAUAUGGGGUUGAGCAUAAUUGGACGAAACAUAGCAUAUUCUGGGAGUUACCUUAUUGGAAGCAUAAUCUUCUCCGACAUAAUCUUGAUGUCAUGCAUAUUGAAAAGAAUUAUUUUAAUAAUCUGUUUAAUACAGUGAUGGAUGUUAGGGAUAAGACAAAAGAUAACAUAAAGGCCAGGAAGGACUUAAUGAAAUAUUUUAGGUGA